AUGUUCAAACCUUCCAAAAGUGAUAAGAUUCGGGAUGGAUUUCAAAUAAAUUGGAUGAUUUUCCGAGAUGCUGCCACCGACAAAAUAAUCUGGCAAGAAAAUAAAGACUUUUCCCUGCUUGAUGUGGAGCAUGAAGCUCGAGUGCCGGUCAAGAUUUUGGAUCUGCAGGCAAUUUCCAGGGAGAUUAAUUUCAGCACAGUACAAUCGAUGCAAAAUUUUCGAUUAGAUCAGAAGGUUUACUUCAAGGGUCGUAUCAUGGAGGAAUGGUUCUUUGAGAUGGGUUAUGUUAGCCCGAACACAACAAACACCUGGCAAUCUACUAUCGAAGCAGCACCGGAAUCACAAAUGAUGCCAGCCAAGAUACUGACUGGAAAUGUAACCAUCGAAACCAGAUUUUUCGAUGGGGAUAUACUAAUUAGCAAGUCUGUAGUUCGUUUGUAUUAUGUUUAA